AUGUCAUCUUCAUUAGAACAUACCAAUGGCGAUACGACUGUAAAGACACAGUUGAAAAAAUCAUCUAACUUAAGUAUUUGUCGAAUAUGUGGUGACAAAGCACGCUUUAUUAAUUAUGGUGCACUUUCUUGUCAAUCAUGUAAAACAUUCUUUCGUCGUAAUGGAUUUCAUCCACAAACUGAUCGUCCGUGUGUUUUUAAUACACAUUGUGAAAUUAAUAUGCAAACACGACAUACUUGUGCAGCUUGUCGUCUUGCUAAAUGUCUUAUGAUGGGUAUGAGUCCAGAUUUGAUUCGUAAAGAAGAUUGCAAAAGAACAAAAAACUUAUCAUCAUUAAAACAGAACGAUGUUGAGCAAGUUGUAUCCAAACCAAUAACAACUACACAAAUAAUUACAUUGAAUUUUCCUCAGGGUGAUCGAGCUCAUUUUAUCAAUUCCGAUUGGACAUUAAUCUCGAAUAUUGUACAUGCUCAUGAUAAAUAUAGUAUCGAUUCACAAGUACGUCUUGCUAUCGAUAGUCUAUCAACAUAUCCUGUUGCAAUGCAUUGUAACAUGAUAAAUCCACUUGGAAUUGUUCGACAACUAUAUAAAUCAAUACUAUCAUUUAUUAGUUCUUCACCUGAUUUUCGAAUAUUAACUCUUAAUGAACAAAUUUCACUUGUCGAACGAAAUUUACAUGGUAUUAUCGGCUUAAGUGAAACUUUCUUGUUUCGUAAUACAGGCAUUCUUCAUAAUCCAUCAUGUAUGGAAGCAUUUACAAUCGUUUAUGAAUCAGACAUGAUGUUAAUAGCAAAAAAUUUGAAUGAAAGAUUAGAUUCUGAUUCAACAGUAGUAAAACUAAUUCUUUUCAUAUUAGGUUUCUCGUCGAAUUGUUUAAUUUUGAAUGUAAAUGAAAAAAUAGAAGAUGAUCGUCUAUCAUAUGGAACAUUCCGUCUCUUAGGAAGUCAAAAUGUUUAUGUAGAACUUUUAUGGAAAUAUAUGAUUUAUCGAUAUGGUUAUUACGAUUCAGUACUUCGAUUUUCUCGGCUUAUACAGAUGUUUUUAUGUGUCCUAGAAAAUUUGUCGAUCGUCCAUAAUUCCAAUGAAGCUCAUCGAAAAAUGGCUAAUAAUGCCAUCGCAGAAAUCAAACUAUCACUUACUAUGAAUGUUAAUGAACAAACUCUAUUAUGGGGAAAGAUAUAA